CCCCUCCACGUGGGUGCUGCUGGCUUGCUCGCUAGCCAGAAGGGAAAAGUCUUCUCGGGGACUCCAGAUUCCUCAAAGUGCGUCGGCAGGUAAAGACCCGCUUUUCUGUCUCCAGGGGCUGCAAAGGAUUUUGACCCAUGGGGUGGGUGGAAGGGAGGAAGAGAGAGGGGGCUUGGAGUGGGGUGAAAAGCAGAAUUUUGAACCAGGGGUUUAAAGGGAGAAACGUGGGAAGGUUAGGAGUAGAUGCGUGAGAGAGAAGGUGGUUUUGCUCCUGGUUUAAGAAGGCACCAGAAACUGAUCUAGGGGAAAAAGGGAGACCUAGAUCCAUUAUUAUUAUUACAUAUUUUAUUUAUACCCCACCCAUCUGGCUGGGUUUCCCCAGCCACCCUGGUGGCUCACAGCAUAUAUCAGAACAUACUAAAACAUCAAACAUUAAAAACUUCCCGAUAUAGGGCUGCCUUCAGAUGCCUUAUAAAAGGCAGAUCGUUGUUUAUUUCCUUGACAUCUGAAGGGAGGAUGUUCCAUGCAAUUGGAGAGGGCACUUCGGAGCCAAUAAGAAGGUAAAGGUAAAGGUACCGUUAGGUCCAGUCGCUGAUGAUUCUGGGGUUGCGGCGCUCAUCUCGCUUCAUUGGCUGAGGGAGCUGGUAUUUGUCCGCAGACAGCUUCCAGGUCAUGUGGCCAGCAUGACUAAGCCGCUUCUGGCAAACCAGAGCAGUGCACAGAAACGCCAUUUACCUUCCCGCCAGAGCGGUACCUAUUUAUCUACUUGCACUUUGUGCUUUCGAACUGCUAGGUUGUCAGGAGCAGGGACCGAGCAACGGGAGCUCACCUGUCACAGGGAUUCAAACAGCCAACCUUCUGAUCAGCAAGCCCUAGGCUCUGUGGUUUAACCCACAGCGCCACCCGCGUCCCUCAAAGCCAAUAGCCCUGGUUAAUUCCACACUCCAGUGGGCCACCAGGGAAUCAGCAGAAAGGCCAUCAACAUGGGAUAAAACCCCCCUACCACUCUCUGGAAACCAUUUGGAUUCAUUAAGUGGCGGGGGCGGACCAUCUGAAUCGGUCCCACCUCCUUGCAGAGGGGAAGGGUCGUGUUCAUCCAUAUGAUUGUCUAUGGUUUUCUUCACAGGUCGAGGUGCAAACCCAAAAAAUAAAAUGACGGCGGACGUGGAGCGACUCCUUAUCCAGUUCAAAGAUGAGGCUGGUGAAGCCUUGGGCUCUCCCUUUGAUGUGCCCAUCAACAUCACGCCAGAGAAGCUUCAGCUCGUCUGCAACGCCCUCCUGGAGAAGGUACUGGUGUUGGGGUUGCCUCCUGGGGCAGAGUUAAGGCUAAGGGGGACUGGCUUCUCCCGCCAGAAGCCAGAGUCUCUUGCUUUUUGAAUGCCACCCAGUCUCCUUAUUCCACAGACAAAUGCAGCUCUUCUGGGUUUAUGAAAUGGCUACUCACCCCAUCUGAAAUACUCCCUUUGCAGGCAAGGCUGAAUUCAUUAAAACAGAUCUCCAGAACAGAUAAAAAUUCAGACUUCUGUCCUCUAGUCUCCACUCUGUCAAAUAUUGAUGAGUUCAAACCAAUUAGCACAACGUUAAAUUUAAAAGUAAUUAAAAAUGUCGAGAGCUCGGAACCACAGACUCCGCCGCUUUUUGUCAUCUUUUUUAUUUGUUUUUCAAAAAUAUAAACAUAAAACAGUGCAAAAUCCAAAUAUCAAGAUUACUCUGAAUCGCCUGACUUCCCCAUCCUUUCCAUGGGUCCUUUUAAUUCUAUUUUCAACUGCAUAUCAGUACUUCUCCAAUUUUUCAUCUUCCUAAAUUAUCUAUUCAUUCUGUUAUAUUACAAGUGUGUUUAAAAUCCUGCGAAUGUUUUGGCCUGUUUAUAAUGAUUUUGUAUAUAUAUUAUAAACAUUUCCCCUUUUUAAAAUUUCUUGUCUUCUUGAUUCCUGAGCUGUCCAAUUAAUUUUGCCAUUGUGGCAUAGUCCUUCGACUUGAUUUGCCAUUCUUCUCUGGUCGGGGUUGUCUCUUCCUUCCAAACGCUGCCGCUUUUUGAAUGCAGAAUGUCCUGGGUUUAAUCUCCAGGUAGGGCUGAGAAUGCUCACCUGUGGAACCCUGGAGAGCUGCUGCCAGUCAGAGUAAGCAGUACUGUGAUUGAUGGACCGGUGUUUCUGAUGUGGUGCAAAGCAUCUUCCUACUGUCCUAAUCAAAUCGGCCCUUCAUUCAGAACCAUGAGGACUAGAACCUUGCUUUAAUUUUAUGGGGAGGGCUGUGGCUCAGUUCUAGAGAGUCUGAUUUGCAUGCAGCGCCCAGUGUUCCCUUUGGCUUGUGAGCUACAUUUCCAGUUCCCGAGAAUCUUUUGCCUUCGAGCAGGUAGCCAGCUGUGCUGGGCCAGGGGGUAACCCGAGCAACACGGUCCAGGUCCACUCCCGAAUCCAAGGGUUCCACGAGGAGUCAGACCAGCAGGACAUGAGGCAGGAAACCAGGCAAGGUCAGGCACAGGAUCACAGGCAGGUUCUGGCAAACAGCAGUGACCCUGGGGCAGAGUCCAGCAGCCUUUUUCUCUGUCGGGGUAACGGCUGGUCCUGAUCCCCCGGUGACUCACCUCCCUGUCUCGCCCAAAGGCGAGCACUCCUCCUGCGAGUAAUAAUAAUAAUAAUAAUAAUUUAUUAUUUAUACCCCGCCCAUCUGGCUGAGUUUCCCCAGCCACUCUGGGCGGCUCCCAAUCAAGUAUUAAAAAGUAUUAAAAACAGUACAGCGUUAAAUAUUAAAAACUUCCCUGAACAGGGCUGCCUUAAGAUGUCUUCUGAAUGUCAGGUAGUUGAUUAUCUCUUUGACAUCUGAUGGGAGGGCGUUGCACAGGGCGGGCGCCACUACCGAGAAGGCCCUCUGUCUGGUUCCCUGUAGCCUCACUUCUCACAAUGAGGGAACCGCCAGAAGGCCCUCGGCGCUGGAUGUCAGUGUCUGGGCUGAAUGAUGGGGGUGGAGACGCUCCUUCAGGUAUACAGGACCGAGGCCGUUUAGGGCUUUAAAGGUCAGCACCAACACUUUGAAUCGUUCUCGGAAACGUACUGGGAGCCAAGUACUCAGGUCUCUCCUUAUCCCAGACCUUAGUCUCUGCAGCUCGGGAGACGUCGGUGGGUUACUAGACCCAGAGGCCGCCUCAGCCUCUCCUGACCCAACCGGUAGUGGAGCAUCUGUAAGUGAUGGCCCAGCUGAAGGCAACGAGGUCAUCCCCGCAUCUGGAGCCAGGGCAGGCUCAAGCCCCUGACUCGGCCCAGCUGGUGCUUGUUGCAGGGGAACCUGUGCAAACUGGGGCUCUUCAGAAUCAGGCCCCAGACUCGAUUCCGAUGCCGCCUGAGGCAAAGGAUCCGGUGCGGACUCAGAUUCCUCUGGCUCCGAGUCCGAGCCCAAGUCCCAGGCCAUCACACCAACGCGAGAACCCAUGUGAAAAGUCCUGUUGAGCAAGGAACGUUAAAUUCCCUUUUUUUUAAAUGGUGAUUCGCUGUUGCCAAAGCGGUGCACCUAACACAGUGUCUGAAGCUGAAACCCCGACUCUCUCCCAUCAUAGGAGGAGCCGCUGCCGCUGGCUUUCUAUGUGCGAGACUCCGAGAUCGUGGCCUCCCUGCAGCAGACGUUGGCAGGCCAGGCCCUGGAGACGGAGAAGGUAGUGGAGAUCGUCUACCAGCCGCAGGCUGUGUUCAAAGUCCGCGCCGUCACCCGCUGCACCAGUUCUUUGGAGGGGCACAGCGAGGCCGUCAUCUCGGUCGCCUUCAGUCCCACUGGGAAGUAAGUCAAGGGUCCAGCCGGGGUUUGAGUGGAGGAGAGGGACAGAAAAGGAACAGGCAGAGCGUGUGGAUAAAAAUCAAUUGUUUUAUUUUUUAAAAAUUGGGGUUUUUUUAUUUAAAUCAGAUUUUUUAAAUUUAAAUCAGAUUUUUAAAAUUUAAAUCAGAUUUUUAAAAUAAAAUGCUUUUGGAGGAAAAGAAGGACAGAAAAGGAACAGGCAGAGCGUGUGGAUAAAAAUCAAUUGUUUUAUUUUAAAAAAAUUGGGGUUUUUUUAUUUAAAUCAGAUUUUUUUUAUUUAAAUCAGAUUUUUUUAUUUAAAUCAGAUUUUUUUUAUUUAAAUCAGAUUUUUAAAAUAAAAUGCUUUUGGAGGAAAAAUCUUUCCAAAGAUAGUUUUCUGUUUAAGUUACAUUACAGUCCAAAGGCUAUUCAUCAGGAAAUAAGGAUUUGUUUUAAGUUUUUCCUGUGUGCUAAAACUCAGUCUAAGUUGUUUUAAAAAAACCACGCGUUUAACCACAGUUAACAAACAUGGAUACAUAUGCUAUGUUAUUGCUUUAGUUUAAUAAAGUAUUUAAAUUGUUCUUAAGGAAAUGAUUGUUUUUCUCCUUCCAAUAAAGGACAGCAGAAAAGUUGUCCAAAUAUAAACAGUUAACUUAUUAAACCUCACACUAAUUUCAUACUUAUCUGUCUAUGUUUUUCUAAUAGUAUAACCAAAUCAGUAAUUUCUGAUAUAACUGUAAAAACUACUCUUGAAAAUUUAUUAUUCUAAAAAUGAAACCUUCCUCUGGUUGUAAAUAUUAAGAAUGAGCAAGAAUACCAGCAAGGAGUCUUUCUGUAAAAAGAAUGAUUUAAAUCAAGUCUUACUGACUAGUGAUUUAAAACGUUUUGAUUUAAAUCAAAUCCACCCUGGUUCCAGGGAUGACUAAAUGGCUGGCUGGAGCCUCUUUGACCUGCCUUUGCUAGGUUGCGUCCCAGCGAUGCACGGAACCUCCUUGCCCUUGAGCGAGGCGAUAACGAGGCUUUCAAGUUUGACUGUCACUUUGUUUCCCGAUGAGUAAUGUUCCCCAAACUUGGGCCGCCGGUGUUUUGGGGACUACAGCUCCCAUCAUCCCUAGCUAGCAGGACCAGUGGUCAGGGGUGAUGGGGAUUUGGGUCCAAAAACAGCUGGAGACCCAAGUGUGGGGAAAUCCUGACUUAGAGGAUGGGAUUGUGCCUGCUGCACAAUCCCAGAAUCUGCCCUGGAGGGUCCCAAAGUGAGAAUCUGCAUGCACCCAGCUGUCGUCCCCCCCGUCCUUUUCAAGGUACCUCGCCAGUGGCUCCGGGGACACAACUGUGCGCUUCUGGGACCUCAACACGGAGACCCCGCACUUCACGGCCAAGGGUGAGUCUCAAUAAGGGUGUGGAAAAAUGUCUUCCAAGAAUCUGUUUUGAGUUGGUGGCUGCCCCAGGGGCGUGCGGAUGGACUGUGUCCAUCUGGCGUUGGUUUUAAGGGGACAAAAGCCAUGGCUCAGUGGUAGAGCAUUUGCUUUGGAGACAGACGGUCUCAGGUUUGAUCCCUGAAAUGUCCAUGUUGGGCAGGGAAUUCUCCCCAUCUGAAAAUCCGCAUUUUCUGCCUGUUUAGGCACAGAACGUGUCCAUGUGGUUUCUAGUCUCUUUCUGCUUGCCGUUGAUUAUAAUUCUCUCUUGAAUCUUAACAAAAUACUUUUUAAAAAAAAAUAGUACUCUUACUGGCUCUUUCUUUUUUUAAAUUUAUUUAUUUGGUUUUAUCCAAAUUAUAGUUUUACAAUCACAUAUGCAACAUAAAGACAAGAUUCUAUAGAACAGGCAUCCCCAACCUGCAGCCCUCCAGAUGUUUUGGCCUACAACUCCCAUGAUUCCUAGCUAACAGGACCAGUGGUCAGGGAUGAUGGGAAUUGUAGUCCAAAACAUCUGGAGGGCCGAUGGUUGGGGAUGCCUGUUCUAUAGAAUCUCCUGGACUUUCUUCCUCCCCUUUGUGGGUCCUGUUGUUCAUCAUUUCCUCCUGCAUCUUUUAUAAUAAUCUUUUUACAUCUCCAUUCUAUCCAAAAUUCACCAUUAAACUACAAGUAUUAUUACAAUCCCACACACAAUUCUAACUGUUUGCAAUGGUUUUUAAGAUAAGUUAAAAAAAAUUCCCAAUUCUUUAUUAAAAUUUUGGUUUUCCUGAUUUCUGAUUCUUCUGGUCAUUUUGCCAAUUUUUUCACCAGGUCACCGUCACUGGGUGCUCAGCAUAGCCUGGUCUCCUGAUGGCAGGAAAUUGGCGUCUGGGUGCAAAAACUGCCAGGUACAGGGUGUCCCUCACCUUUGGGUCUUGGUACUCCCUCUGAAUUCAUCCUGGGCUGGGUCUUUCUUUCUCUGAGCCGAGGACAAACAGGGACCCACAGCAAAAAAAAAGUUGCAGUACGGCAUGCUUUUGUUCAGAGUGCCGGCCAUUCCCUUUCACGGGUUCCUCCAUUCCGUUUUCUGCCUCCUAGUCUUCUGUCCCUUUCAACAGACAAGAGUUGUCCUCACCAAUAAGUGCAGGGAAAUAUUGUGCUGUUGAGUACUUCUGUUCAGGAUGCCCAUUUUGGGGAUGCUCCAUUCCUCGUUGCCCUUUCUGGUAUUCUCUCCCCAUCCACAGCCAAGGACCAGCCUCUCAGAUCAGGACCAGCACAACAACAAAGUGUUGCUGUGUCAGGCGCUCCUGUUCAGGAUGCCAGCCAUACCCUUUUUUGGGAUACUCCAUUCCACAUCGCCCCUUCCAGUGUUCUCUUCCCCAUCACAGACAAGGACCAGCCUUGUAGUUAAGCAGGGUUUCCAACUAACUGUUGCAGUGUCAAGCGCUCCUGUUCAGGAUGCCAGCCAUACCCGUUUUGUGGAUACUCCGUUCCAUUUCCCCCAUAUUUUGUUCCUCUGCUUUUUCCUGCCAAUGGACAAGCUGUGUUCGUGGCCAGUGAGCUCAUUCAGUCCUCACUGAGCUAUUUUAGGUUUUCCUCCCCCUUAACUCUUUCCACCUCUAUAAAGCUUUUGGGGGAUGGCGUUGUAGUUCUGCAAACCUUGAUUCCUUGGACGUGACUCUUGCCACUUUGGCGAUCACUGACGGCUAGCCGUGACGGUGAUGUUCUCCCUCACCUGUCAGAGACAGUAUACCUCUGAAUGCCAGCCGCUGGGAAUCACAAGUGAGCAGAAUUGCUGCUCAGGUGACCUUCGUGUAGCAAUCUCUCUGUCUGCCUGGGCCGCAGCCGUAUUUCUGAUUUUAUCCUUUCGUGCAGAUAUUUCUCUGGGAUCCCAAGACGGGGAACCAGAUCGGACGGGUCCUCGUGGGGCACUCCAAAUGGAUUACUUCUCUCUGCUGGGAGCCUCUACAUCUGUAAGUCUCCCCCAUUCUGGACACCCCCCCAAAAAAAACACACCUUCUAAUCCUUUGGGUUACUUUGGAUUGCUUUGGAUUUCAACCCAUUCAUCCAUCAGCAUGGUGUAAUGGUUAGGAUGUCAGGCAAUGGCUGGGAAGACCUGAGUUCGAAUCUCCCAUUCAGCCGUGAAGUGCCCUUAAGCUAGUCGCCAUCUCACAACCUGACCUCUCUCCCUAGAGCUGAGUGUGCCUUGAAUCAGCACAAAUACAGGAGGAAAGUCUGGAUUGCUGUACCGCCUCUCAAAUCUCUGUUUUUCCUCUUUUAAACAAAAAAUGCAAGGUUCUAACCCGUAAAACAGUUUAAAACUUGUGUCAACUUUAUAAACAUCUGGGUAAGGUAAAGGUAAAGGGACCCUGACCAUUAGGUCCAGUCGUGACCGACUCUGGGGUUGCGGUGCUCAUCUCGCUUUAUUGGCCAAGGGAGCCGGCGUACAGCUUCCGGGUGAUGUGGCCAGCAGGACUAAGCCGCUUCUGGCGAACCAGAGCAGCGCACGGAAACACCGUUUACCUUCCCGCAGGAGUGGUACCUAUUUAUCUACUUGCACUUUGAUGUGCUUUCGAACUGCUAGGUUGGUAGGAGCAGGGAUCGAGCAACGGGAGCUCACCCCGUCGUGGGGAUUCGAACCGCCGACCUUCUGCUCAGCAAGUCCUAGGCUUUGUGGUUUAACCCACAGCGCCAUCUAAACCAGGCAUUGGCAAACUCGGCCCUCCAGAAGUUUUUCAGCUUACAACUCCCAUCAUCCCUAGCUAACAGGACCAGUGGUCAGGGAUGAUGGGAAUUGUAGUCUCGAAACAUCUGGAGGGCCGAGUUUGCCUAUGCCUGGUCUAAACAAUGAUAUCUUUAGCAGGCACGGAAACGAGUAUAUCGUGAGGACGCCUGCCUGAUAUCAAUAGGCAGGGAGUUCCAACGCCUUAGCUUAAGGUUUCCUGGUUUUGGCCUCUGCAGGAACCCGGAAUGCCGCUACCUGGCCAGCUCCUCCAAAGACGGCAGCGUCCGCGUCUGGGACACAGUCGCAGGCCGGUGCGACAAGAUCCUGACGGGCCACACGCAGUCGGUGACCUGCGUCAAGUGGGGCGGGGACAACUUGCUGUACUCCUCGUCUCAGGAUCGGACCAUCAAGGUCUGGAGGCCCCUGGAUGUAAGUCUGGGAAAGUCUGAGAAAUUAAGAAAUGCAGACUAAGCGAUAAAGAACGGAAAAUCAUCAGAGGUGGUUGACGAAAGUCUGAAAUAUUGUAUAAGAUAAGAAGUUAUGUUAAAUGAUUGUUGAAAAUGAUAUGUAAAAAAAACAAUAAAAAUGUAUUUAAAAAAGAGUUGCGAGUCAGGGACUGAUUUGCCUUUUUUUUCUGUUCCGCUUUUCAGGGAGUCCUCUGCCGCACACUUCAGGGUCACGCGCACUGGGUGAACACUAUGGCGCUCAGCACAGACUAUGUUCUCCGCACUGGGGCUUUUGAGCCGGUUGAGGCCUCCAUCAACCCCCAGGACGUCAGCGGAUCCCGUAAGUGGCGUCAGGCUACUGCCUCUCCUUUUGCUUGUGUUCAAGGCAGGGAAUCACAGAGUCCUACAGUCGGAAGGGAACCCGUGGGUCAUCUAGUCCAACCCCCCGCAAUGCAGGGAUCUCAGCUAAAGCAUCCAUGACAGAUGACCAGACAACCUCUGCUUAUAAACCCCCCAAGGAAAGAAAGUCUACAACCUCCAGGGGGAAUUCUUACUCUUUCUCUCUCCCUGGGAGAAAGGAAGCUGUUGCUAUCACUUUUGCACCAUGAAAUCAGCAUGAAAUGCAGAAUUUUGAGCAUCCUUGGGGGCUCAGCGUUCUGACCAAGCAGGCUCCUCUGGCUGCAGGUAGUUCCUAACCUGCGUUUCCUUCCUCCUACAGUGGCAGAGAUAAAGCAGAAAGCACAGCAGAGGUACAGCCAAGUCAGGGUAAGUCUGCCCUCCUGCCUGCCCUGGCCACGAAAUAGCCGCUCGGCCGCAGCUCCCAGAGCUCUCAGCAAAGGGGUUGGUUGUUCAACCACUCCGGGAACAGUAGCUUUGCAGAGGAGAAUACGGCUCUCCCAACAGCACCCUCAACAAACUGUAGUUCCCCAGUUUCUUUUUCUUCCCCUCCCCCCAAUAAUUUUUAUUAAUUUUUUCCAAAUAUCUUAAACACAAUACAGCUUAACAAUAUUAUUCUCCUUUCAAUCUAUAUCUUAUCCAAAUUAACUCCCCUCCACCCCUCUUCUGGCUUCUCUACAUUGCUCUUACUUAAGCGUGAUUACUAUAUAUACAUUCCAUAAAUGUCUGUAAUUCCUUAAUACAUUUUUGUAUUAUACUUUAGGCAUACAUUCCUUAUUAUAUUACAGCAUUACAUCUUGUGGUCUAACCAAAUGUUUACAAUAAAUGUUAGGAGUUUUAUUUUAAUCCUGUGAGUGUCUUUAUCUAUGUACAGUUUCCUCUAAGUACCGAUAUACCAUAAAUUUGGACCAUUCUUUUUGGAAUUUCUCAUCGUCCUACUGUUGGAUUCUUCCAGCUAGCCUUGCUAUUUCCGCAUACACCAAUACUUUCUGUUGCCAUUCUUCAAUCGUCGGAAUAUCCUGUUCUUUCCAUCUCUGUGCGAGGAGUAGUCUUCCUGCUGUUGUGGCAUACAGGAAGAAUUUCUGAUCUUCCUUUUUAAUGUCCUCUCCAACCAUUCCUAACAAAAAUGCCUCUGGUUUUUUAUAAAAGAUGUACCUAAAUAUCUUUUUAAACUCAUUAUACACACUAUCCCUUGUCACACAACCACCACAUGUGGUAGAAAUUUCCCUCUUUUACAGUGCAUUUCCAACAGUUCUUAUUUUUCAUUUUGUACAUCUUUGCUAGUUUGGUGGGUGUUAAGUACCACCUAUACAUCAUUUUUAACAAAUUCUCUUUUAAGGUCAUGGAUGCGGUAAAUUUUAUUCCUAAAUUCCAUAGCCUUGUCCAUUUCUCAUACUCGAUAUUAUAUCCUAGGUCCAUUGCCCACUUAGUCAUGACCUCCUUAAUUUCUUCAUCUUUUGCCAUUCCAACAAAAAAUUAUAUACUUUAGUUUCCCAGUUUCUAUGGGUGAAGCUAUGGCGGUUUAAAGUUGUGCUUUAAAUAUAGAGCAAUGAGGCCUCUGUCUUGGGCAGCUGGUUGCAUCUUGCGCCAAUGAGUUCCCAAGUUUGAGCCUUGUUGAGUUGUGUUGGAAAGAAUCAAACGUGACUAACUUGGGCCUAUUCAUUUCAUUGGCUCCCCUUGAGUAUAGUCGAUUAGCAAGGAAUCUGGUGCAUCUUAGGGGGUGGUCGGCCCCAGAAUGAGGUGCUAUCCCAGAAUCCCAUUCUUCUCAGUGACAGAGGGCGCUUCCUUCUCUGCCCACAGGGCACGGGGCUUGAAAGGCUCGUCUCCGGGUCGGAUGACUUCACGCUGUUCCUCUGGGCACCUGCAGAGGACAAAAAGCCUUUGGGGAGAAUGACCGGCCACCAGGCGUUGAUCAACCAAGUUCUUUUCUCUCCCGACACGCGGAUCAUUGCCAGUGCGUCCUUCGACAAGUCCGUCAAGCUGUGGGAUGGCAAAACGGGCAAGUAAGUUUGUGAUAAUUAUACCGUUUCCCUUUAUCUCAAGCCGCUUCACAAUUUUCCAAGGAAGAGCUACGAAAAUAAUGAUGGAUGUAUCAAAGUACUCCCUGUUACAGGCAAAUGAUUAAAAAAGCCUAUAUUUAAUUAAAAACACACACACGUUUGGUCUUAGGCCUCAGCUGCGCCUCGGGAAUUAUGAUUGCUUUCAGUUUUCCAGUUCGUCUUCGUAAAACAAGUUCUAAGUCCUCUUUCGGGCUUUCCAGCAGGGAUGCUGAAAAUCAGAGGCUCUCCAUAGGCUGGUUCUGCAGGGAAGGGGGAUAAACCACAUUUGCGUCACAGUCUUAACACAGUUGGAGUUCUUGUUAUUAAAUAUACCAAGAAAAAAGCACACCAACAACUCUGGCCGAUAUAAGUUUCAGUAGUGGGAGUGGUCCCUACUUGCAAAUCAAUAGUCAGUUGUAACAAAAACUAAUCCAUUCAAAAGUAUGUAUUCUGACAGGGAUUACAAACUCAAAUAGAGAUUACAAACUCAAACUCAUAAGGAUAUGUAUAGCACAAUAAUUCAUUACAGAAUCAGAGACUGUGCUUUUUUCUUGGUAGAGUCUUAACACACACACAUUCCCCACACUAGGUAUCUCACCUCCCUGCGGGGGCACGUAUCGGCAGUGUACCAGAUCGCGUGGUCGGCCGACAGCCGCCUACUGGUCAGCGGGAGCAGCGACAGCACACUCAAGGUCUGGGACGUCAAGACACAGAAACUGGCUGUCGACCUUCCUGGCCAUGCGGACGAGGUAAGGCCCUAGACAGCGGUGAGGUUUUUCAUCGGGGCUGCUUGGUAGGAGAGGACAGGGCGGCAGAUUGAGGACCCUGACCCCAAAAUUGGCCCAUUGGUGGUUUGUGGAUCAGCGGUGGGGAACCGGAGCCAUACCCCCUUUGCAGGCUGAUUAUUGAUUAUUAUUUCAGCCAGAUCCAUCGUCCCUUGACCGGCACCUGGACAGGCUAUAUGACAUCAGGUGGUUCCUGAUUUUAAGCUCUUCUAAAGGGACGCGGGUGGCGGUAUGGGUUAAACCACAGAGCCUAGGACUUGCCGAUCAGAAGGUCGGCGGUUCGAAUCCACGUGACGGGGUGAGCUCCCGUUGCUCAGUCCCUGCUCUUGCCAACCUAGCAGUUCGAAAGCACACCAGUGCAAUUAGAUAAAUAGGUACCGCUCCGGCGGGAAGGUAAACGGCGUUUCUGUGCGCUGCUCUGGUUUCACCAGAAGCGGCUUAGUCAUGCUGGCCACAUGACCCGGAAGCUGUACCCCAGCUCCCUUGGCCAAUAAAGUGAGAUGAGCACCACAACCCCAGAGUUGGCCACAACUGGACCUAAUGGUCAGGGGUCCCUUUACCUUUUUAAAGGGGCAAGAAGAAGCGUUCACUUUGUUUAAAGGUAAAGGUAAAGGACCCCUGACAGUUAACUCCAGUCUCGAACGACUCGAGGGUUGCAGCGCUCGUCUCGCUUUACUGGCCAAAGGAGCCGGCAUUUGUUAGCAGACAGUUUUUCCGGGUCAUGUGGCCAGCAUGACUAAGCCGCUUCUGGCGAAACCAGAGCAGCACACGGAAACGCUGCUUACCUUCCUGCCGCAGCGGUACCUAUUUAUCUACUUGCACUUUGACGUGCUUUCAAACUGAUAGUGGGCAGGAGCAGGGACUGAGCAACGGGAGCUCACCCCGUCGCGGGAAUUCAAACCGCUGACCUUCCAAUCGGCAAGCCCUAGGCUUAGUGGUUUAGACCACCCGUGUCCCUUUGUAAACUUGGUUUACAAGUUGCAAAAAAAAAUCUUUAAAAACACACCCACCCACACACACCCACACCCAAAGAGGACCCGUUCGAUCCUUGCUCACUUAUCUGUUAAAUAUUUCUAUAUCCUGACUGUUUGUGCCACCCAAAGUCUGGCUGCCCUGGUCCUGGUGGAAGGCAGGUCCAAUGAGCCCCAUCAUCGAGGGCGCAUGGUGCAUCAUUAUGCACGCACCACAUAACUGAUUUCAUAAUGAAUUGAUUUUAGAAUGCUGUAUUGUUUUACUGUUGUUAGCCGCUCUGAGCCCAGCUUCAGCUGGGGAGGGCGGGAUAUAAAUAAAUUAUUAUUAUUAUUAUUAUUAUUAUUACAACCUGUUGUCGUUUCCUAAACUCAGCCCGCUGAGAACCUGAGCGUGCACUACCUUUUUCGCACACAAAAAUGGAAAAUGAAGUUGCUAGUCCCUAAGAUGGCUGGCAGCUUGCGCGAGCCAUGGUGGUGAAAUCUUGCUCGCUCUUUUCUUCUCGCUUUGCUGUUUCUUUGGCAAAGCCCACCGAGGCGCAUUCGAGAAAAGCAUCUCCAAGCCCCUCAGAGCGGCUGUGGACUGACCCUCCUCUUGUUCCCUUCCCAGGUGUUUGCGGUGGACUGGAGUCCUGACGGACAACGGGUAGCGAGCGGUGGGAAGGACAAAUGUCUGAGGAUGUAAGUUCAAGGCAGGGGUUUUUGCCUGGAAGGUGGGUCGCUCCAUUAUCUUCAGAAAAGGAACAUGAUCUGGAAGCCUCUCUCGCCUUUUCAUUGCACUUCUGGUGUCACUGCCUGUGUGAGAGAGAGAAAAGUGAGGGAGUCAUUAGUGUACCUGGCUAUUUAGAAUAAGGGGGGCCAAUGUGGCACCCUCCAGGUCCUUUUAGACUACAACUCCCAUCAUCCCCAGCCAGUGGUUGCCCAAUGGGUGUUGAGAGUCUUUGACAUACACAUUGGUUAUCCCUGAUUUAAAGUGUACAGUGGUACCUCAGGUUACAUACGCUUCAGGUUACAGACUCCGCUAACCCAGAAAUAGUGCUUCAGGUUAAGAACUUUGCUUCAGGAUAAGAACAGAAAUCGGGCUCCAGCGGUGAGGCAGCAGCAGGAGGCCCCAUUAGCUAAAGUGGCGCUUCAGGUUAAGAACAGUUUCAGGUUAAGAACGGACCUCCGGAAUGAAUUAAGUACUUAACCCGAGGUACCACUGUAACUAAAAUUAAGGGGAGAACAAUAUAAAGGGCAGGUCUCUGCCCCCAAGGGGCCUACAGUUCCACAUUUUCAGUUCUGUUGGCUGUGUGAUCUAGCGAAUGAAAGUCAGGCCUGAUCAGCCACAAAUCUCACUGGGUGUGCUUGGGCAAGUUGUUGUCCGGCCUGACCUACCUCGCAAGGUUGUUGGGAGGAGAAAGUGGGCAUCAUCACCCUGUGGGGAACCCACAGGUCUUGCCGCACUACAACUCCCAUCAUCCUUGACCCACUGGCCGUACUUCCCGGGGGCUGGUGGAAAUUGUAGUUCAGCAACAGCCAGAGGCUCCCCUUCAGCACCUGCCUUUGAGGAAAGGAAAAAUACAGAUAUUUUCGAUGUUUUUCUUCUUCUUUAAACAGAUGGAGACGAUAGCUGUGAGGAAAGGACUGUCACAUAUGGAGCCCAUCCGCUUGGCAGUUUCCCCCCCUGGCGCAGGCUGCGGCCUGCCAGCCUUCCAUUUUCAGGAGGGCUACUUGAAUCAAGACUGUUCUCUCUUUUUGGAUCCAGAUAAAGGAGUCCUCUCCUCUCUUGUCAGCCGGCUUCUGGGCUACUUGAUGCCUCUUGCUAAGUUGUUGCUGCUCACAGUUGUCUAAAACCUACACACACACACACACACACCCUGCCAGUAUUCCCUGAUGAGAGCAAGCGCAGUCUAGAAGUCGAAGCGGAAGCAAUCCAGAAGGUCCUGAGUUCGAAUCUCCCCAUUUUAGCCAUGGAUUCACAAUGUGUCGUUAGGCCAGCAUCGGCCCACCACCGCCACCCCACCAUGGCCUGAGAAAGGGGUGAUAAUCUUAUUUCUUCUCCUAAUCGCAAACCUGGCUGCUGAGUGCUGAAAAGACGCUUCCAUUGAGGAGCAAGACAGAAAGUUUGAGCACUGAUAGAACCCCUGAGGUUCAAAGAAAUGAUAAAUAAAUUGAUAAAUCUCUCUUUUAAGCAGUUUGCAGCUUACCUUAAAACACCAAACAGUCUGUAUUUUCAAAGCACCAGUGUAAAACAUCAGAAACGAAAAUCGGGAAGCACAACAAAGUUCCCUGUUUAAAGUAGCAUAAUUUGCUGAAAAACAACAUAUUCUCUUACAUGUGCGAAAAAGAAACCCAUUACAAAAAAGAAUCGAAUGCAAAAAGUAUUCCGUGAGUAAAGCAUCAUUAGCAGCUAAACAAAAAUAAUGGUUUGUAUUAAGUUUAACUUGGGGCAGACGCAUUAGAAUUGGACUCACGGUACCCAGGUCCAUUAUUUUAUGUGGAUCUCAAAGUUGGACCGCUCAAACGUUUAUCAGUGUGUGAGUCACAAUGGUCAAUGGGAGGAAGUUAACAUUCCAUAAGGCACCUUGGAUUUAUUUGUUUACCAAAGAGACUAGUCCCUUUGAGAUCAGGGCAAGCGUGCCACGGCCUUCCUCCCCCUUUCUGUUCUAAUAUCAUUUGUCUUCAUUCAGCUGCCUCAGAGGCCUGUUCCCAGGGAGGAAGGCAGCCUAUAAAUAUUUUAAAUAAAGAGCUUUUGACAGCCAAUGUGUAACGGUUAGAGUGCCAAGACCAGGGUUCAAAUCCACCACUCGGCCGUGAAGCUCACUGGGUCACCUUGGGCCAGUCCCCGUCUCUCUCGGCCUAACCUACCUCACAGGGUUGUUGUGAAUAUAAGAUAGGGAGAGCGGUAAGCCAUGUUGCCUUAAUCACAGGAGGAAAAUGUGUUUUGUAAACAUAAUGAAUAAAUCAAUUUUAAAAUUGCCUUAUUGAUUCCCCCACCCCAUAUUUUUUUUGUUAAGCCAUCCAUGCAAAACAGCCAUCGCCGUUUAAAUCCAUAAUCUGAUAAUUUAGGAGAUAAGCAUUAUUCUGCUGGAUUAGAAUAAAAGGCCAUCUGGUCCGACCGACAUCCUUGUUCCCAGAGCGGCCAAUCGAG